UUCUCAUCUCUCGCGCUGUCCGGAUCGGUUUCGACGCCAUGGAAGGACACCUCGACGACCUCGAGGAUUGGGAGAUCCUCUCCGUCAAGAACUCGGCGGAGGACGGGAUCAUCGAAUUCGACAACUGCAUACUUGAUUCUGAGGAGAAGGGCCAGGAAGGAGCCGCGUGGUUUGAAUUCGCCGACGACGAAGGGAGUAAGCUCGAGGAUUCCGAUAACCCUGUUUCCGUUGAUCCGCAGUCGAACUCUCACUUCAGCGAUCACUUGGGCCGGUCUUGCUCCGGUGAUUCCCUGAAUAACCGAAGGUCGCGUUUUGUGAUACCUAAAGAUGAGCACGAGAUCACCAACAGAGACGAGGAGGAGGAAGCAGUGGUUCCUGAGGGAACUGGCGAGAUCGAAGGGAGAAUGGCGGGGUUUGCAGUUACCGAUGAAGAGGAUUCCGGCGUACACACGAGCGCACAAGAUGCGAGCUGUGAUUCUUCGGUGAAAAUGGACGAUGAGAAGAAAGGGGUGCUUUGGUGGAAGCUUCCCUUUGAGCUCUUACCGUUCUCUAAGGUCAAACCGGCUUGGCCUAUCUCCAUUGCCGCUGCAGUUUUGGGAUUUUGGAUGCUUAGGAAGACAGUUUAUAGGAAGAAGCAGAAGAUUCAAAUUGCUCCUUUGAUUACUAGCCUCGAUGAAAAGCACAUUGUGAGUUGAAUGCUUGCUAACUCUGAUGAAUAAGUUGCAGAAGGCACCCCAAUUGAAUAUACAGGCAGGUCGCCUGAAUGAAGCUUUUUUUAUCGCGAGACGAGUUGUUGUCACAAGAUCUUCACAGUCUGCUGGCAAUUUGAUCCCGCUGCCUGUGGUGGAUAUUCACUAAGAUGUAGCCGUGCCAGUGAUUCAAACUAACUGGAGAAUGCGUGAUCUGCCCCCAUCAUCCCCAAACAUUGUGUGAAUAUGAAGCUUAUGUUCAUUCAUGUGGUUCCCAUGAUAAGUUAUCUGCACAAUAUAAUAACUUGCUUUGUAUAUUAUUAAUAAGGCAGAAUAAAAUAGACAAAUAAAGGGUAUUUGUUUAGUAGGGUUCUUGCAAUAAAAUAGACAAUUUUUUAAUAAA